AACAUAGUCAUAGAUCUCUGCUGUAAACAUGUUAUUUGUCCAGUAAGUCCUUUGUGUGGCGUAGGGCUAUGCCGGUCUAGCAUUAAUGUUUGCUUUUCCAUUUAGCUCAGGUUGUGCAAGUGUUUCGAUAAGUAGAGGCAUUUAGAUGUCGUGCGUUACAUAUUUUGAAUCAGUUGGACCCGAAAUAUGUAAGGUCGCAAACAACAUGACUGCAGGCAUGCCGGAAGAUGAUGAAAUUUCCGCACUGAAUGCGUCAUACGCUUUCUUACCAACGUAUGAAGGCACGCAAAAACAGUUCAUUUUAUUAACCAGUCAAGACAGAGCUACACGGGAUCUAGCGUUGGAAUCUCUAAGGGAACACACUUCUACUUUAACUGAAUAUUUAGUGGAGAAAAAUGGAAUAACCGACGUCCUUUCACGUGUCGCAAGUCCUACCUCCAACGGACAUAAAGAAAAAUGUGCAAUAUCUUCAAAUUCCGCAAACUCACAAGAGGUAGAUCUGAACGCAUUCGGGACUCCAGAUCAAGUAUUAACUCACCUUUUGAAGUCUUUUCUAAGGUUAAGCAUGUGGUGUCCUUUUGACGACGUGAGGUUAGGGUGUAAAGAAACCCUACAUUACUUCGAAAACCAAGGUAUAAAUAUACCUAAAAUCUUGGUCGAAGAACCCAGUUCUUUCAUUCCCCACAGUCAUAUACCUCCUGUUGAUACCGACGAUGAGCAAGUUUAUUCUUUAUACGUAGAAAGUUAUGCUCAAACGUGUAGGCUUGAACAUAUGGUGCUUGUAAUGGGAAUGCAUCCACAAUACUUGAAGGAAUUUCUUUCUGUCAAUAUGCAUCUGUUAAAAAGUGAUGGUGCCUUACCACACUGUUAUAGAAGUUAUAUUGGUAUACUUGCAGCAGCAAGGCUCAAGUGUCAUUACCUUGUGCAUCUAAUGGAAACAGAUUUUUUGAUGGCAGGGGGUAACCCAGAAUGGUUACGUGGAAUUGAACAUGCUUGCCCCAAACUUCAGGCUCUUUCAACACUAAACAAAUUACUGGCUCACAGACCUUGGUUGAUCACUGUUCAUCACAUAAAGGAAUUGUGCGCUGGCGGAAAAGGUUGGCAGUGGUCCCAAUCUGAGCUGAUUCAAGCAAUUGUAUUGCUUUGCCACUUUCACAGUUUGGCUAUCUUUUGCCACGGAACUGGAAUUAAUUUGGAAAUUGAUCACAUGCAGGCUAUUGAUUUGAAGAACAGUGCAAUUCUACAUUGCAUUUCAAAUGAUGUUCCAUUCGAUAACAAAGGGGAUACAGAAAACUGUAUCAAUGGCAUUGGUGAAACUGGAGGAGAAAAUGCCAUUGAAGCUUUGAUGCAAAGAAUGCAGAAGCUUCAAGAAGAGAAUUACGAGGAUGUCACACGAGAAGAAAUGAACAGACGCUUUGAAAAGCAAAAGAUUGAAGCUGCUACUGAAAUUUUUCCAAGCAGUUCCACUGAGGAAGAUAUUUUAGAAGACGAUAAAUCAUACUUACUCAAGUACAUUGAUGAUGCUGACUUUAGCUAUCAAGACUUCGCAAAAAGAAGUGAUAGCAAUGGAAUUCCGACAUUCAGAGCAAUGGAUUUCAAUUGGCAAGAUCAUGCAUAUUCGCUUGUAAACAGUUACUACCAGCCAGUGGGAGACAUGCUAGAUGCCAAAUUUGACACUGCCUAUAAUCUAACCUACAACACCCUUGCCACAAAAGAACAUGUUGAUACUUCAAAGUUACGUCGUGCAAUUUGGAUGUACAUCCAUUGCACUUGCGGUAUCAUGUUCGAUGACUAUAAUUAUGGUGAAGUUAACGAAUUACUCGAGCGUUCAUUAAAAUUAUUCAUUAAAACUGCAUCAUGUUACCCUGAAUUAACCACAAAACCUGUUUAUGAUGGUUUCUGGAAACAUUUCAGGCAUUCUGAAAAGGUGCAUGUCAACAUUGUUUUGUUGGAAGGUCGCUUCCAAGUUGAGCUUCUUUAUGCCUUGCGAGCAGUUACUGAAUAUAUUAAAUGAGUGAACUGAUUAUGCAUUUGUGCUUUAAUGCUUUGUUGCUCUUGUAUCGUGGUGCAUUUCUUAUGUCGCAUGGUAUAUUUUUACACUGUUCUCGUAUCAAAGUGUUUUAUCCAUAAUUUAAGAGCAAAUUUGCCUGUUGAGUCAUUUGUCUUCCAAAUGUUCAAAGUUCAACAUUAGGCCAAAUAUUAUCACUCAGCUAAAUUGAAAGUAUUUUCAAGUGUUCAUACAUGUACAAGUACCAAUUUACAGAUGGAAUUCAUUUUAAUGAAGCCAGUUUGGCUUUGAUAUGUGUCUAUCCGAAUCGCUACAUUUUUCCGAGCAAGAGCUACAGAUAUACUGUAAAAUAAAAUAUUGGUUCAUUUUCCAUUUGGUAUACACUAAAAAUAAUUGAGAGUCCCGUUUACAUGCAAAUUAGUAAUUUGUACCACUUUGUGUCUUCUACUUUCAUUAUUAUUUUAGGCAAUUGAUUUUAUUUUGAUUCCAGGUAUUACUAAUAUUUUAGAACGUUUUGUGGAGAGCCUGGAGACUCCCGAUAUUAGGUGGAAGCCUAGACAGAUUUGUACUUUAAAAGUUCCCCAAAUCCAGUAGUUUUCCACUGACGAUUUCCCCCUAUAGUUAGUUGCCCUUUAGUCCACAUUGAAUUAUUGUCAACUGCGAUCAUAGAAAUGCUUAAAUUUAACAUGAGCUUUUAUAUCAGGUUUAUUAGUGAUAUAAUACUGUACUGUGAUUUUUUGUUGUCACCAUAAGUGUACAGCUACUACUUUUCUUUGUGAUACGCAAUACAAAUACUAAAAAAGAAA